GUGGCUUGACCACCGCUUCAGGCGCGGCCGGCUACCUCGCUUGGCUUUCUCCCCCCUCCAACCCUGCACUCUCACCUCACUUCCACUGCCAGCUCCGGCGGCCUCCCCACCGUCCGGACACCGGAUCCUACCACAUGGUACUUUAGCAAGCCCACCCGUGCUACCGUUCGGCGAAGUGUACAUAAACGGAUCGAGAAAUGGAAGCAGAGGACUACGCCGCCGGGUGCUGCUUCUCCCUCAUGUGCCAAGAGGACGGCGCCGACCUCGGCGACAGCUUCACCAGCAACGAUGGAGGCGACCUGCUCCUGAUGUACAGUGGCACCUACGAGAGCGAGAACGACGAGGAGGAGUACAUGGACCACCUGGUGUCCAAGGAGAGCAGCCUCUGCUCCUCGCCGGAGUCCUCCCUGUCGUGCUCCUCCGCCGACGAGUCGUCGCCGUCCAUGGCCUCCGCAGACUGGUUCCAGUGCGCGCGCCGCUCCACCGUCAAGUGGAUCCUUGAGACGCGGGGGCACUUCGGGUUCUGCCACCGCACGGCGUACGUGGCGAUUGGCUACUUUGACCGCUUCUCCCGCCGGCGAUGCGUCGACAGGUCGGUGAUGCCGUGGGCGGCGCGGCUGCUGGCCAUAGCGUGCGUGUCGCUGGCGGCCAAGAUGGACGAGUACCAGGCGCCGGCGCUAUCGGAGUUCAGCGCCGACGGCGACUACGAGUUCUGCUGCGACUCCAUCCGCCGCAUGGAGCUGCUCGUGCUCUCCACGCUCGACUGGCGGAUGGGCGCGGUCACGCCUUUCGACUACCUCCCCUGCCUCUCCUCCAGGCUCCGUAGAGGCGGCGGCGGCGGUGGCGGCGGGCUUGUCGCCGCCAAGGCCGCCGCCCUCAUCUUCUCCGCCGCAGAAGUGGCGAGCGUGCUGGACUACCGGCCGUCCACCGUGGCCGUCGCCGCCGUCUUGGCAGCAACCCACGGCGUGCUCACGAAAGAGGCACUGGAAUCCAGGAUGAGCAAUCUCUCUCCUUCCUGCCUCCUCGAUAAGGAGGAUGCAUAUCCUUGCUACACCAUGAUGCUGGGGGAUCCAUCAUCGACGGCGACGAACAAGCCGACCAAGAGAUCGGCGCCCGACCCGAUCGACGCCGCCGCCGCCUCCUUCUCCGUCGCGGCGGCGAUGAACAACAAUAAGAGAGUGAGGCUAGACCUGCCGGGCACCCUCCACCGGUGAUCCAAGUUCGCCGCCAGGGCACGCCUGUUUUUGUUUAGGUGUCUGGCCGCGCGGCCGGAGCUCUAGUCGGUCGUUGCAACACCUGCAACUCGACCAUUUUCACCUUCUAUUUUCUUCUAGAUUUUUUAGUUCUUUGAUCGGCGCAUUGCCAAAUAAGUGGUUAUUGGCGGUGCGGCCGGAUUGGAUUGGUUUGAUUCCCGCGUGCGAUCGAGUGGAGACAAGAAAAUUACAAAAA